UUUAUCUGAUGUGUCAGGAGUGUUUGACUGAGUGAUAUUCUGCAGAUGUUGAUGUAGAAUAAACAAGCGAUCAGUCUUCUUUUGUGGUUGUACCAUGGUUAUACAAAAAAUGUACAGGCAGGAAGUUACAAUGUAAGUGAGAGCGUUACAAAGUGAUAGAAGGGUAGUUAAGAGGCAAACUGAACAGGAGGAGAUGAGAACUAAUUAAAUUGAAUAAGAGAAGACAGAUAAAGGUAGAUUACGUGGAAUAGUGGAAGAACAAAAUAGACUGGACUGGAUUUAUAUCUAAAAGAAAAAAUACACAAACUGUCAAGAGAGGAAACCAAUUGAACAAACUGAAGAUAUAAAGUAGAGAAGAGAGACCACUUGUGAGAUGAAGAUCAUAACCUAAUGUGACGGAUUCCAGUACAGCCUCUCCACUCACAGGGACCAUGGGGUGCGGCUGCAGUUCUGAGUAUGAAGAUGACUGGAUGGAAAACUUUGACAUUUGUGAGCAUUGCCACCUGCCUCGGGAGAAGUCUACGCUCCUCAAUAAUUAUGAAACACAGGACCCAUUGGUUUCAUACAUGAGCCAAAAUCCUCCAAGAUCCCCGCUGCAUGACAACCAAGUUGUGGCCCUGUACAAAUAUGAGCCAGUCCAUGAUGGAGAUCUUGGAUUUGAAGCUGGAGAGAUAAUGCGUGUACUGGAGACAUUUGGAGAGUGGUGGAAAGCUCAGUCACUUCGGACAGGACAAGUGGGACUUGUACCUUAUAAUUUUGUGGCAGAAGUAAAUGGCUUAGAGACGGAACUAUGGUUCUUUAAAGAUCUUGGUCGUAAAGAUGCAGAGAGGCAGCUUCUAGCACCUGGAAACCAACAAGGUUCUUUCCUUGUACGAGAAAGUGAAACCAAUAAAGGUUCCUACUCACUGUCAGUGAGAGACAUGGAUCAAAAUCAAGGAGAAGUAGUAAAGCAUUACAAGAUUCGUAACCUGGACAGCGGUGGAUUUUACAUUUCUCCGCGGAAAACUUUCCUCAACCUUAAUGACCUGGUGCAACAUUACACACGUAACCUGGAUGGAUUGUGCACUCUCUUGAAAGAGCCAUGCCAAACCCAACGCCCACAAAAACCCUGGUGGGCUGAUGAAUGGGAAAUUCCACGCCACAACCUACAACUGGUUAAGAAGCUUGGGGCUGGACAGUUUGGAGAAGUAUGGAUGGGAUUUUACAAUGGGCACACCAGGGUUGCCAUAAAGAGCCUGAAAACAGGCACAAUGUCCACCUCUGAUUUCCUGGAGGAGGCCAACCUGAUGAAGCAGCUCCAGCACUCAAGGCUGGUCCGUCUACAUGCUGUGGUAACCCAGGAGCCCAUAUAUAUUGUGACUGAGUACAUGGAAAAUGGGAGCUUGGUGGAUUACCUGAAGACCGCUGAAGGGUUUAAACUAACCAUAUAUAAACUUAUAGACAUGUCUGCUCAGGUGGCAGAAGGCAUGGCAUUCUUGGAGCGUAAGAAUUACAUUCAUCGUGACCUGCGAGCAGCAAACAUCCUUGUGUCAGAGUCUCUAUGUUGCAAAAUAGCAGAUUUUGGUCUAGCGCGGUUGAUCCAGAAUGAUACAUACACAGCUAAAGAAGGAGCCAAAUUCCCUAUUAAAUGGACAGCCCCAGAAGCUAUAAAUUAUGGAAAGUUUACCAUCAAAUCAGAUGUGUGGUCAUUUGGUGUUUUGCUAACUGAAAUUGUAACCUACGGACGCAUCCCCUACCCAGGUAUGACUAAUCCUGAAGUAAUAGAUCACCUUGAACGAGGAUAUCGCAUGCCACAGCCAGAAAACUGUCCUAGCGAUCUGUAUGAUUUGAUGCUUCGCUGUUGGAAGGAAACUCCUGAGGAGAGGCCGACAUUUGAUUUCCUCCGCUCCGUGCUGGAAGACUUCUUCACAGCUACAGAAAGCCAGUAUCAGAGCCAACCCUGAGCAAAGCGACCACUGGCAUCAUAAUCACAUAAGUGGACAGAUAUAGUUAGUAGCAAGCACAAGCAUGACGAAACUCAUGAAAUCAAACCUAGAUAUAUUAUUAGAGAUAGGCUGAUAUGAGCACUUCUGAUGCCACAUGGCUAUAGCAAAACAAUGCUUCAUGUAAAACAAGUGUCUGUCUUAUGGCAAUUCCUUUUCUAUAUAUGUUGAAAAAUGCAACUGACAUUCCACUAUGCUGUAAAUAAAGAGGGCUAAGCCCAUACUGACCAUGUUUUCAUGUACUGUCACUUUCAUUUAUUCAACCCUGAAGCCAUCGGAUUCUUCCUUAUCUCAUCCUCGUGGCCACUCAGUAACAAUUGAAAAUAAAAAGGGACACCCCAGCCGGUAUAUGAACUUUAACCCCUUAAUGAUAAUGGCUUGUUUUAUUUUAUGUACCCUUCGAGACAAUGGCUUUAAUUUUCUUCUUUCUUGUUUACUGUACACACAAGUUAUAUAUUGUUUUUUUUUCAGAUGGCAUUAUUUUGAUUGU